AUGCGGGGAAUAAAAAGUUCCGUGGCGUCUAUUUAUCUAAGCUCUGAGGAGGUAACGUUAAGUGACAAGAAAUCAGGGGUGUCAUCAGUUUACAAAAGUUCGGAGGAGUAUUACGAGUGCGAUCCUUGUAUAACUGCCGGAGAUCAUGCCGAGGCUGAGGGGUUUUGUACUGAUUGUAACGAAUAUCUUUGCAGUACGUGCUUUCGUAGUCAUUCAAGAAGCAAAACAUCAAAAUAUCACGUUUUGCUGAGCAAAGAUGACAUGCCGAGAAAAUCUCCUAAAUUCUGCAAUCCGUGUAAAGUUGCUGGUGACGAUAUCAAGGCAGUUGGUUACUGUGAAGAUUGCUGCGACUGUCUUUGUAGUGAUUGUUUCAAAGGCCAUCAUAGAAAUAAAUUUACAAGGCAUCACGUGAUUGUUAAGGACGAGACACUUGUUGCAGUAGAUCAAGAUAUUGCAUCUUCUAUUUCAAAAAUAACGGUAAAAGAGAAUAUUACUAGCGGAGUAAACAAGAACGAAGAGUUUACUUUCAUCCAAGAUAUCAACGUUAAAUCAGAUACUGACGGAAAGGACUGCUAUAUUACAGGCAUGACGUUAGUCUCUGACAAUGGACUUGUUCUAUGUGAUUAUUACAAUCAAUGCUUAAAACUCGUUGAUAUCAACAAAAAAAUAAUCAAGGACGUCUUAUCAUUACAAUGCGAACACCUUGGAAUUACAACGAUAUCAAAUGACCAGAUCGCUGUUGUAUGA